GUUUAGUGCUACUACUUGCCUACUUUUUUUUUUGAAAAAAUUUAUAAAUUUGGAAUUUAAUUGAUUUUUUUUUAUUUUAGUGACAGCCGAACCAUAAAUUUGCAUCAAAAUGUAUUUUAGAAAUUAUUUAUUUAGUUUUUCUCUGAUUAUAUUGAUUUAUUUCGCUUGUUAUUGUGAAUCAGGAAUAAAUGAUAUCUCUGAAAAUAAUUUCUUGGGAUUCAAUUCACCUGAAAGUUUGUUUCUAAAAAACAGUAUGGAUACGACGUUAAGUGCAGAUGAUUAUAUUGGCUGGGGUGAUUCUAAGGAAGAAUGCAAGUGUGAAAACGGAAAAUGUGAAGUGGAAUGUGCCGAAUGGAAAGAUGGUGCAUGUCUAAAAACCAAACAAGUCUGUGUGUGUGACCCAGAGUUUGGAAAAUAUGACGAUCAUAGAUGCAUUUAUUGUGAUUGUGGAAAAGGUUUCAAUUGCACGAUCGACAAAGAAAGCCGAGGUGAUACCAGGAUAUGCACCUGUCCUGAAGGUUACUAUGAUUAUGCUAAAGAAUGCGCACCUUUUUGCAGUAAGAGUCGACCCUGCCAAAAUGGAGGGACGUGCUUCAACGGGAGGUGUCAGUGCAUGAAGAGUACGCAUGGACCAUUUUGCGAACGCAUCUUCCAUUGCGCUUUUGAGUGCAGGCCGAGGCUGAUUGUGGAUUGCGUCUACAAUCAAAAGGACGAAACUUUUGCGUGCCUGUGCAAGAAUCGAUCCCUUGUGUUCGAUUACGACGAAUGGGUCUGCAAACCUUGUCCAUGCGGAGAAGGGAUUUGCACAUUCGAUUGGCAUGAAUUAAAAUGCAACUGCAAGGAAGGAUUUCAAGAAUUUCAGAAACAGUGCAGAAAGUGUGACUGUGGUCCUGGACAUGGUUGUGAAAUACUCAGAAGUGGAGAAAAGCAAUGCAAGUGCCGAGAAGGGUUUUUUGCUAGAGAAGGAACAUGUCUACCAUGCGAAUGUGGUCAUGAACAAGCCACCUGUAGCUUGGAUCAAGUUAACAGAAAGAUAUGCAAUUGCCCAGAAGGAUUUGAAGAUAAUUUAGGUCAAUGCGAAAAACAGAAAGAAAACUGCACUUGUCAUGCCACGGCAAAGUGCAUCGAGACAGCUGAUGGUUUCACCUGCUCAUGCGAAGACGGAUACCGAGGAGAAUUUAACGAUCCCCCAAAACCCGAGGAAGCAUGCAUAGAUAUAGAUGAAUGUAAUAACGAAGCAACGUGUCCGCGGAGCAACAACCAGAAAUGUAUCAAUUUCCCUGGUUCCUACAUGUGUCAGUGCGGGACUGGCUACCAACCAGUCAGUGGGACUGGCAGUGGUGAUCGUAUUAUAUGUGAAGAGUAUAAAGUAUCGUGGCUUCCUACAGGUAUAACGAUUGGAGUCAUUGUUGCAUUUAUAGCUCUUUCAGUGGGAUUUGUUAUAUUCCUGAGGCAGAAGGAAGCAUCGAGACAUGCACCCAGGUUUGAAUUGCGGGGAACCAGAUGAUGCCAACCAUAAUUUGUUUAACAAAUGAAGCGGAAGGUAAAAGGCAACAAGAUAUAUUACAACUUCAUACGGGUUUCAUCGUUGUUUCAUUUUUGUAUUCAAGUCUCAGGUGGAUAAUAAAAAAAACAAAAGAAAGA